AUGAGUGCCAUAUCAGCAAUAAGGCACAACGCUGCCACAACUCCCGCAAAAGCUGCAAUCAUAUUCUUGCAUGGAUUGGGUGACACCGGCGAAGGUUGGUCAUGGUUGCCACAACUCGUCAAUCAAACUAAUUUAAUCCCCGACUCGCAAGCCAUCAAUUAUGUGUUCCCCAACGCACCUCAAAUACCCAUUACUGUCAAUGGAGGCAUGAUUAUGCCCGGUUGGUUUGAUAUUUACGAGUUUGGCAACCCAAAUGCCAAACAAGAUGUCGAAGGAUUUUUCAAAAGUUGUCACGUGUUGCAAAGUUUAAUUCAGGAACAAAUUGACAAGUACCAUAUCCCGCCUCACAAGAUCAUUAUUGGUGGAUUUAGUCAAGGUGCAGCAAUAUCGUUAGCUGCCGUGUCAUUGUUGAGUUACAAGAUUGGUGGUGUUGUGGCAUUAUCUGGAUUUUGUGCGGUUGGUGAAGAAUUGGAGAAACGGUUGAUUAAAGAUGUCAAUUUCGAUACCCCGAUUUUCCAAGGACAUGGAACCGCUGAUCCUAUUGUUGCUUAUGAUUUUGGAAAAAGAACUAGUGAAUUAUAUCAGAAAUUGGGAUACAAGAAUUUGAAAUUCAAUACUUACCCUGGAGUCGCGCAUAGUGCCAGUGAAGAGGAAUUGAUAGAUGUUGUUAAAUUUUUAAAAGAUAUAAUAGAGAGAUAG